ACAACAAUGCGAUACCUCCCAGCAAUUGCCGUGGCGGCCGCGGCGAGCGUGCCGUCCGCGGCGAGCGUGCCGCCAGCGGCGAGCGUGCGCGCGCCGGUCGACAUCGUGCUGUCGUCCGGCUUUCUAUGCUUCUCGCGGCACUGCGGCUUCCUCGACGCGCUGCAGCAGUCGCAACUCAGCGUCGCCGCUUACGUCGGGACCUCGAGCGGCGCGCUUGCGGCGUCGAUGGCCGCGGCGGGCGCGGACGCGGACGCCGUCGCGGAGGAGCUGUCGCGCACGAGGCCGCUCGCGUCCUGCCGGCCGAGCGUGACGCCCUGGCGCGGAGCGUUCUCGACGCGCGCGCUCCGCAAGCGCAUCAGUCGCGUGCUGCCGGCGACGUUCGAGGAACUGGGAAAGCCGCUCGGCGUCGGCGUCUACGACCGAGAGACGGGCGAGCCCCGGCUCGUAACGAGUGGAGAUUUACCCCGAGCGGUGGCGGCGAGCUGCGCCGUGCCCGGGCUUUUCGCGCCCGUGCGGCUGGACGACGGCGCGCUCUACCUGGACGGAGGCGCGGUCGACCGGACCUUCCUCGCGCUCCACAAGGCGUGGCGGCCCGAGCGCCGCGCGGUGUGCCACCUCGUCAAAAACGAUGGCGUGGAACUCGUUCAGCGAGAUGGCAUCAUAGAUGGCGUGUAUGUUGUCAAGACGCCGCGCGCGAACGCCAAGCUCUGGGGCCUCGGCGACUUCGAGGGGGAAAGGAAAGCGGCGGAGGAGCUAUCGAAGAGGUCGCUCGCGGCGCUCGCGAACCUCGAUCGAAUUAUACUAAAUAAAUGAAUUCAAG